UUGAAAUCCCUAAUGAGUAGUCAAACGUGAUAUUAAAAGCCAAAGGCUAGGACCUGCGUGUCUAACCUUCGAUCAGCAGCCGUCUUUCUCCCCAAAAGAGUUUUCAUUACUUUCAAAUUGUGAUCAAAGCUUUUCCUAGUUCAUCAAAUCUCAAACAUUUCAAAAAAGAGCUUACUGGAAGACGUUAUCAGGGUGCCACAGUUAUUUGAGUAAUUUGAGUUCAGCUUCUAUCAGAUACUAAGGGUAAGGCCAAGGCCUAGGAAGAUGAUGAGAGAGUGGAACGCGUGCCAAGAUGAGUUAACGAGAACGACCUUGGCGGCUUCUAGCCAGAUAUUAUUUUGUUUUCAGGAUUUCAGUAUUAUAAUAAAGUGAUAAAUAUUACUUUAUUUUUUUAUUUAAGGAUUUGAAGUUCAGUAAAUUCCUGGAUCCAGGUGGUUAUCACAUUUGCUGGUGAUAACUAUUAUUUAUUGAGUUUUUAUCAAGAGUUAUACUUUAAUUAUAUUUGAGAAUAUAUCAGGGUUAUUUUCUUAAAUAGACGGCCGUUAUUUGCAGUUAUUUUUAAAAGUAGUCAGUUAGUGUAACGUUUCCUUUAACCCUGAGAGGGGCGUUACAACAUUACUCUUUAGUCAUUAAGGUUAGAGUAGUGGAAACCUAUAAGUUUAUAAUGGGUUUGAGAAAUUAGACCUUUAUUUUUGUAUUUUUGUAUUUGUAACCAACUUAAGUAUUAAUUUCGGGCUUCAAAAUGGUAAUGUAUACAAUUUUAAUUGUAUUAGAAUUAAAAGUAAUUGUUGAGUAGGGAGUCGGUACGGUAUUUAUACCGGUAUACCGCGGUAUUUGAAAACAUUUAAUUACCGUUACCGUACCGAAAUAGAUAGGUUCGGUAGGAUACCGUACCGAAAAUGACGGUAUACUAAUAUUUCGGUAUUUUGCGUUAUUUUUCGGUACGAUAAGUGUGAUAUAAUAUUAUUCUGUAUUUUUUCCCACUCCUAGUUCACGUAAUUGCCGCCCUCAGAAGGCUCAGUGCGUUCAAAAGUCAAAACCAAAAAUAAUCAAUCUUUCAAAAUCAUCCAAAUCCUCUUAACUAAGAGCUCAUUUCAUAAUAACCAAAUCAAUGAAUUUCAAUCACCCGAUGCAAUUAAAACUAAAGGUCUUUUCAGCUUCUUCCAUCCGCGCUUUAAAUAAGCGCGGAAGUCGCCUGAUCAAUUCCAUAUUUCCAUUUUCUUUUUCCGAUUAAAAAUCUUACGCACAAGGGAGCUGUGUUCAUGGCGGCGGUCAAGCAAGAGCCCGUAGUAUUAUCCCUGAAGCUAUUGGUAGAUGACAAAAUCAACCGAGUUGUCGCUGCCGAAGCAAGCAAAGAUUUUGUGGAUAUACUUUUCAGCUUUCUCACCUUCCCCAUGGGAACCAUUAUCCGGGUCAUCACCAGCAGCUCUGAUAUAGUAUAGCUAAAUAAACCAGCUUAUCGGUUAACACAAUUGUACGGUUAACUAAUAGUUAGUUAGUUUGUUACAUGUAUAGCUAUAUCAAUAAGUCUGCUACGCAAAAACAUUCAUUCUGAUUGAUUCUUGAAUAAAGUUCCUUCCAUCUCCUUUCUCUCUUACUCUAUCUUACUAUGUACACAUAUUGAUCUCGAUUUACUCUUCUCCAUUUAUGAGCUGAAUCCUGAUCAAUAUCAUUGGUAUCAGAGACAUUGCAGAAUUCUGAGAUCGGUAAAUCACCUAUUCAGAAUCCUGGCACCUGCGAAGAAGCAAGUUACGCUGCAUCAGUUGAAAAGCAUCAUGGGGGAUCGAGUGAAUUUGUUAGAAAAGAAGUUCGAUGAACAAUCUCUUGUUUUGGGAGAAAUUUUACAGAUGAUGAAGAAUCAGAAAAAACAACCUGAAGGAGCUGUAGACCGUGAGUUUUCUGACGAUGACAAGGAGAACUCUCCUCAAAUUGGGGAACAGUCCAGGUUUAAUCAUAAAAUUCAUCAUCGCACCUUCGGUUUUUCCCCUAAACUGGAAUUUCCUACAUUUGAUGGUAAUAACCCUAGAAUCUGGUUGAAGAAAUGCUUGAAAUACUUUAAACUCUGUAAUAUUUCGUAUGAGCAACGAGUUGAUAUUGCCAGCAUGUUCUUGAAUGGUAAGGCUGAAUUAUGGUUCAAUAGCUAUCUGAUGGGAAAGAAUCAUGUGGUGUGGGAAGAUUUUGUGGUUGAUAUUUGUGCCAGAUUUAAAGAUGAAAUAGGAAUGAAUGCAGUAGAAGAGUUUAAUAAACUGCAACAAUCUGGAACAUUAGAUGCGUAUAUUGAUGAGUUUGAAAAUCUGAAAAGCUUGAUGAUACAGAAGAAUCAUAUCUUGCCUGAUCAAUAUUAUCUUGAUAGUUUUAUUGGAGGGUUGAAACCUGUCAUUAAACCUUUUGUUAAGGCUUUCAAACCACAUACUCUGGCUACUGCUAUUGAAUAUGCUAGAUUACAGGAAGAAAUGGUGACUGCAUCCAAGAAUUCAUCUGCAAUCAAACAUGUGGGCUCUCAGAAUAAUACCAGACAGUUCACCAAGCCUUUGCUACCCACUCCUAAUUUCAGUAAGGCUUCUUCUUCAACUUCAGUUUCAAAUUUGAAGCAGGGCAGAUAUAUCAGUGCUGCAGAAAGAGCUGAGAGGCAAAAGAAGGGAUUAUGUUACUUCUGUGAUGAGCUCUAUGAUAGAAACCACAAUUGUAAGAUGAAACAGACACAGAUUUUUACUGUAGAAAUAUUAGGAGAAGAUGCUGAGGAGGAUAAUAUUUCAACAGAAAAUAGUGAUGAAGAGAUCAUUCUGGAAGAACCUUACAUUUCAGUAAAUGCUUUAUGGGGAAAUCAAGGUUUCCAAACCAUGAGAGUUACUGGAUUUUCUGGGAAGAAACCUAUUCACAUUUUGAUAGACUCAGGAAGUACUCACAACUUUCUGGAUCAGAAUGUGGCCAUCAAAAUGGGAUGCAAAUUAGACUCAAUUGCACCACAAGCUGUAGCUAUUGCAGAUGGCAAUCAUUUGCCUUGUCAACUAGCUUGUAAAGAGUUUUCUUGGAGACUGCAGAAUACUGAAUUUAAAACUGAUGCCCUGAUAAUUCCUCUUGGUAAUUGUGAUAUGGUGCUGGGAAUUCAGUGGUUGAGCACCUUGGGAACAGUUAAAUGGAAUUUUAAAGAAUUACAGAUGGAAUUCUCAUUCCAAGGGAAGAAACAUGUCCUGAGGGGAUUGAAACCCACACUGAAAGUCACUCAGCAAAAGCCUUCAAUUCAUAUGCUUGAGAAUGCAUCUCAAAGGUACCUACUAAAGAUAUCUCAUAUUUCUGAGAAUAUUCCUGAAGAUAGCCUCUAUUCUAUGGAAUAUAAGACUGAUAUGGCAGAAGGUUUAGAUCCAAUAAAACUAUUACUAGAUCAGUUUGGAGAAAUUUUUGAAGAACCGAAAGGAUUGCCACCUAAAAGAGGGAUAUAUGAUCAUAAAAUUCCUCUCCUAACUGGUACACAGCCUGUCAAUGUAAGACCUUAUAGAUACUCUCUUAAACAGAGGGAUAUCAUUGAAAAGGUAAUACAAGAAAUGCUACAGCAAGGAAUAAUACAAAAUAGUACCAGCCCAUUUGCAUCCCCUGCAGUUUUAAUCGGCAAGAAGGAUGGAUCUUGGAGGCUAUGCAUUGAUUACAGAGAACUUAAUAAGAGGACAGUUAAGAAUAAAUUUCCUAUUCCAGUAGUAGAUGAGUUGAUUGAUGAAUUGGCUGGAUCUAAAAUCUUCUCCAAAUUGGAUUUAAGGGCAGGCUACCAUCAAUUAAGGAUGAAUGAUGAGGAUGUGUUUAAGACUGCCUUUAAAACACAUGAGGGCCACUACGAGUUUUUGGUUAUGCCCUUUGGGCUUACCAAUGCCCCAGCCUCUUUUCAAGCAUGGAUGAACCACAUUUUCAAACCUUUGCUAAGAAAAUGUGUUUUAGUCUUCUUUGAUGACAUUUUAGUCUACAGCCCAGAUAUAGAAACUCAUGUGAAACAUUUGAAGAAUGUUUUUGAGCUUAUGAAGGAGAACAAAUUGUUUGCAAAAAGGACUAAAUGUGCUUUUGCUAUUGACAAAAUUGAGUAUUUGGGUCAUUUCAUAUCUGGGGAAGGGGUGCAAACAGAUGACAGAAAGGUACAAGCUGUUAAAGAAUGGCCUAUUCCAAAAAACUUGAAAGAGUUGAGAAGUUUCUUGGGCCUAGCUGGUUACUACAGGAAAUUUGUAAGAAACUAUGCUACAAUCAGUCAACCUCUCAAUCAAUUGAUGAAGAAAGAAGGCUUCAAAUGGAAUACAUUAGCUGCAAUUGCUUUUGAAGAACUUAAAAAAGCAUUAUGUUCAGCCCCGGUUCUUUCAUUACCAAACUUUCAAAAAAGGUUUGUCAUUGAAACAGAUGCUUCUAAUGUAGGUAUAGGAGCAGUGCUUAUGCAAGAGGGGCAUCCAUUAGCAUUUAUAAGUAGGAGUUUGAGUACUAAAUGGCAAAAGCUAUCCACUUAUGAAAAGGAACUACUGGCCAUAGUUUUUGCAGUUCAGAAAUGGGAGCAAUACCUCACUGGGCAGAGUUUUAUAAUAAAAACUGAUCAGAAAAGUUUAAAAUGGUUGUUACAACAGAAGGUAUCCACCCCUUUUCAACAUUUCUGGUUAUCCAAAUUGAUGGGAUUUACAUAUGAGAUCGAAUACAAGGCAGGAAAAGAAAAUGUAGCUGCAGAUGCCUUAUCCAGAAAAGAAGGAAGUGAGAUUUUGUGUAUGGCAUUAACUGAAAUAAAAUCUGACUUGGUUAAAUUGAUAAAGGACAGCUAUACUAAGGAUGUAUUCCUAAGUGAGUUAGAACACAAGUUACAGCAAGGGAAUGUUGAUAUACCUCAUUAUCAAUGGCAGCAAGGAUUCAUUACAAAGAAAGGGAAAAUAUUGAUUGGGCCAGAUGAAGAGGUGAAGAAACUCAUAUUAGAAUGGAUGCAUAGCUCGCCAGAGGGAGGUCACUCUGGAAGAGAUGCCACAACACAGAGAGUGAAGAGAUUAUUUACAUGGAAGGGACUACACAGAGAUGUUAAUCACUUCAUUAGACAUUGUACAAUCUGUCAAGCUAAUAAAUAUGAUUCUUCAUCAUAUCCAGGUCUGCUCCAACCACUUCCUAUUCCUGGGGAAGUAUGGAAGGACAUUUCUAUGGAUUUCAUAACAGGUCUGCCAAAAUCUCAAGGGAAAGAAGUCAUAUUUGUAGUGGUGGAUAGACUGAGCAAAUAUGCUCAUUUUAUGGCUUUAUCUCAUCCAUUUACUGCAGUUGAGGUAGCACAAGUCUAUUUGGAUCAAAUAUUCAGAUUACAUGGGUGGCCCAAUAGCAUAGUUAGUGAUAGAGAUAGUGUCUUUUUGAGUCAAUUUUGGCAAGCAUUGUUCUUAAUUCAAGGCACAGAAAUCAGAUUAUCUUCUGCCUAUCAUCCUCAAACGGAUGGACAAACGGAGGUAGUUAAUAGAUGCAUUGAGUCUUAUCUCAGAUGUAUGUGCAGUGAUAAACCUAAAGAAUGGUCCAUCUGGUUAGCAUUGGCAGAAUGGUGGUACAAUACUACAUAUCAUACUGCCAUUAAAAUGACUCCUUAUGAGGUUGUGUAUAACCAACCUCCUCCUAUUCAUCUACCUUAUAUGCCUGGAGAAACAACAGUAGACAGUGUGGACAGAAGCAUGCAAAGAAGGGAGAAAAUGAUUCAAUUGGUUAAGCAGCAUUUACUCAAGGCUCAACAAAGGAUGAAAAUGCAAGCUGACAAAAGAAGAUCUGAGAGAUCUUUUGCAAUUGGGGAAUGGGUGUGGCUGAAAUUACAAGCAUACAGACAGCAUUCUGUACAGCAGAGAGUUAAUCAAAAGCUUGCUCCUAAAUAUUAUGGACCAUUCCAAAUAGAAGAUACUAUUGGAAAAGUUGCCUAUAAGCUCAAAUUGCCUGACAGUGCUAAAAUCCAUAAUAUUUUCCAUGUUUCUCAGUUGAAGAUAUUCAGAGGGAAACUACCUGCUUUGUGUCAUAUACCUCUAUGGAUGCAAGGGAAUACCAUGGAAAGGGAUAUUAAACCAGAAGAGGUGUUGGACAAGAGGAUAGUGAAGAGACAGAAUGCAGCAGCAGUGCAGUAUCUAAUUCAAUGGGAAGGAUGUUCAGUAGCAGACGCAACCUGGGAAUUUUAUGAUCAUUUGUUGAAAGAAUUCCCUGAAUUUAUGGCCAAGGUGUCUGAAGAAGCAUAAAGACUUGAGGACAAGUCUUUUCCAAUGGAGGGAGAUAUGAUAUAGUAUAGCUAAAUAAACCAGCUUAUCGGUUAACACAAUUGUACGGUUAACUAAUAGUUAGUUAGUUUGUUACAUGUAUAGCUAUAUCAAUAAGUCUGCUACGCAAAAACAUUCAUUCUGAUUGAUUCUUGAAUAAAGUUCCUUCCAUCUCCUUUCUCUCUUACUCUAUCUUACUAUGUACACAUAUUGAUCUCGAUUUACUCUUCUCCAUUUAUGAGCUGAAUCCUGAUCAAUAUCAAGCUCUGCGGAGGAGAAAACUGAAACUGCAGUAAAAAUAGGGUGUAUGAACAACAUAUACGAAAGCGUUCAAAACCUAAGUAGCGAGUACUGGCAGACAGAACACUGCAAGAACAUGGUUCUCAAUCCCAGAAAUCCCCUUGCUCCGUACUGCAAGAAUUUGAAGAUUAAUAUUGACGAUUCUGGGUCCGAAUUCACUUAUGGCUGUGUCUGGUGCAAACCAUAUCAUAGCAUUUACAAAAAAGUUACCUGCAAAUGUAGCAUGGGGAUGAUCACAAAAGAGAAGUCCGUUGUUUCGAAUGCAUCAGGUCAUGAAGGAGCCUUUUUGAAGGGAGGAAUAGCUUUCUUAAUCACUGACGAUUUACAGGUCAGGCCUGCCUCUCCUGAAUUUCUUGCUCAACUCAUACCCGACACAAGUUCAAACCAUUCGAGCAGACUCAGGGAGGUGUGUGUUGAAGUUUCCAAGGCUGAGCUAAUCUGUCUGCUUGCUCGAUCACUGAUUUCGGAGUCCCCUAUAAGUGACGUCUUUCUUGUUAAAGAUCCUGCAUUUGGAACCUUGGGAACCCAAAUGAAGGCGUCUAAACUCGGGACUACUGUUUCAUUAUCAGCUGAUGCCCCACAUGAGACUGCUGAGCAGAAUGGUCCUAGCCUGAAUCUUAAAUUGAGGUGUGUCAAGUCUACAAACAAGAUAUUGUUUUGCGAAGCAACGGACGAGUUCUUUGAUUUCCUGUGCAGCUUUCUGACCACUCCUAUUGGAUUAAUGGUACAUGUUUUGAAAGGACAAUCAGGGCUAAAAUGUAUGGAUAACUUGUACAAGAGUAUGGUGGAGUUGGAUCAGAAGUGGUUUCGUUCCUCAAAUAAGAGUGGCUUACUUGACCUUCGUAUUGCGCAAGAUCAUAACUGCAAGAAGCAGCUUAUCAAAUCUUUCCGUACCGAACCUUUAGAUAGGUAUCUCAUAAACCCAAGGGACAGCGAUAGUUUUGCUGUGGAACCAUCAGUUUUCUUGGUUCACGAUGAUUUUGAAGUGAAGCCUCUCUCUGUUUCUUCCAGUUACCUCUUGCUAAAUGGAUUGCAAAUGUCCUUCAACCAGACCGAGGUGCAAUGGGUCACUGUUGGUAUGAAGGAAGCUCUGAGCUUACUGAAGGCUGCUCUUACAUCACCAUCAUCUGCUCUUACAAUUGGCUUAGGCCCCUACUUGCAGAAGGAAAAGCCCUAGCACCAACAUCAAGAUAAUGUCCCUUAAAUCCCAGGGAGAGCUUCAAGUUGUUAAAUGAAAGCAUUGGAAGUUGAGUUAUAUUUAUCCAGUAUUUCCAUUAUCCCAAUUCCCAAGAACUUUAUUCAAAGUAUUUUAUUUCUUGCUCUGGGUAUCUUUUUUGUACAUUGGUGUCCUAUAUAACCCUUUAUAUAAGCUCACUUCAUUUAUUUGAUUCUGUCAUCUUCAUUAUUGUUAGAAAUAAUCAAAUUUUCUAAUGAUCAUAUAACUCUUUCCUUUGGCAAAAGGUUCAAGCAACUUAG